CAUGCAACCAAGUCCUUUCGAGAUAGGCAACAUAUUCCCACGCAAGUCGUGUCACUUUCACCUGCAUAUGCAUUAUUGCACUUUCUAGACAACAGUCAUGACCAUACAGGAGCUAGUGGAAGGCAGAAUAGACUUCAAAGGGCAAAAAACGGCGGACGAUAUUGUUCGCGUGGUACUCAUUACUAGCACGUUCCUCUCUUUUGUGAUUGGGUUUGCCUUCAGCUCUCUCAUGAUAACAAUGAGUACGUUUGCACUCUGUACUGUAGCGCUGUCUCUGGUUGUCCUGCCUCCUUGGCCUAUGUUCAAUCACCAUCCAGUGAUAUGGUUAUCUGACAGUCAGAAGUAAUAAUCGGUGUUUAUUAACUCCUGCGGUAGAAGGACUGCUUCUGAUAAUCCAUUAUUUGCAAAGAGUGAGUCUUAUUAAUACAUAUGCUAUUUCUGCGCUUCGACAGCCUGAGAGUACUAGGUGAGCUUCUUGCGGUAAUUGUUAUCCUUGCUUCCCCAUGCGCGUAUCUGGGCUAUGAUUCUAGUGCCUUGCCAUAGUGGUUGGCAUCGUUACCUCUGCACUAGCAAUGUAUUACACGGCCUCAGCCAUUUCAAUAUCCACGUUUUGCAAGUUCUGAAUGAGGAAGAAGGACAUGGAUCGUUUUCAC